GAUACAUCUGUUUGUCCACUCAGUCGCGAGCUUAAGCUGACCGUAUUUUAUUUGCCUUUGGUGAGCUGAACUAGCGUUACGUUCUUUACAGUUAUUUUAACGAUAGUGAAAAUAAAUUGUUUGAAAUAAGCCAGUCAAACCGGUGUCCACAAUGCCUCAGAGCCAUACCUUGAAUGGACGCUCUAAUCACAAUAGCGGUGUACAGAAGAAUGAAGGGCAUUCAUCGGACCAUCAGAAUGGUUAUCACAGACCGUACAGGAAGAUUUUUGAUAACGACGACGAAUUUCAGGGAAAUGGAACAGAAUUUGUUGAAGUAGACGAUAACUCUGUUAGGUAUCCCGAUGGCACAGUGCGUCUUCGUAACCCGAAUAUUGAACUUAUGGACCAAGACAUUCUCUAUCACCUGGCUCUGGGCAGCGGUUCCCAUGACCUGGUCGAAAUGUUCGGGGAUGUCAAGUUUGUUUGUAUGGGCGGCACGCCAAAACGUAUGGAGCAGUUCGCAUAUACAAUCAUGGCGGAAAUUGGACACAAAUUACCAUGCGGUACCACGCUACAAGACAUAAGCCAAUUUUCUUACCGAUACUCUAUGUAUAAAGUCGGACCCGUGCUGUGCAUCAGUCACGGUAUGGGCAUUCCGUCUGUGGGCAUCUUACUUCACGAGGUGAUAAAACUUAUGUACCACGCGAAGGUUCGAGACCCGGUCUUCUUCAGGAUCGGCACGUGUGGGGGCAUCGGCUAUGAAGGUGGCACAGUUGUUAUCUCCGAAGAAGCUGUUGACGGCGCGCUUAAAAAUGUUCUUGAAUUGACGGUGCUUGGAAAGAACAUUCAGCGACCCGCGAAGUUGGAUAAAAGAUUGGUGCGUGAGCUGAAGGCAUUGUCGGACCCUGAGGAUCCGUAUGAUACUAUCACGGGCAAGACCAUGUGCACUUACGAUUUUUAUGAAGGCCAAGGACGACUGGAUGGAGCGUUCUGUGACUUCACCGAGACAGACAAGAUGGAGUAUCUGGAGAGCAUCCACAAGGCGGGCGUCGUCAACAUCGAGAUGGAAUCUCUCGCAUUUGCUGCGCUGACGCACCACGCCGGCAUCAAGGCGGCGGUUAUUUGCGUCACGCUGCUUGACAGGCUUAAGGGGGAUCAGGUGUUGGCGCCUAAGGAGGUGUUGGAUGAAUGGCAGCAACGUCCGACAAAACUCGUUUGUCGUUACAUUAAAAGGUAUUUGCAAAUGAAAGGACGUUUGUCAUUGGACGGCCAUGGAUCUAUUUGCGUCAAGAGCCCCCGUCGAUUUAAACUAGUGCAGCAAGAAUCGGAAACUUACGAUUAAUGUCAACGAUUAUUAAUUUUUAAGACUGCAUGACAAAAUUUUCUUAUCGAAGCUAUUAAAUAUAAUUUUGUUGAGCGUAGACCUGUAUUUUGACAUAUUUUAUUUGUAUAACACUGCCAAGUAUAUAUUUUUUAUUAAUUAAAGCAACGCGUUUACCCGCUGGUUUUGCAAGAAAAUAUUUUUUGAAAGUGGUUAAAUUCGUAAAAUUUAAAUUAUAUAUUUAUGUAUGUAUUCAAAAUGUAUUUAAACUUGAUUCUAAAUUUCAAACUAAUAAAACUUCGAGUACAGUCUUAAUAAUUAAAUAUAAUAAUUCUCUUCCGGUUUCGACAUAUCAAUUUGAUAUUUGUGUUAUUAAAACAAUUGAUAAAUCGCCACCAAUACUCACAUUCCAUUAAUUAUUUGAAUAGUUACAAAUUAAUGAAAGGUGAUUGCUAAUGAAUGUGAACUUUCAAAAAUGUAUGUCCUGUAAUUUCAAGGCAAAUUUAAUUUAUUACGGUAUGUAACGUGUGAAACUAAUAUUUCUUUAUAUAUUAUUGAAUAAAUUAUAAUUUAAAACAUGCCUAUCGCGUUAAAGGUCACCUUUCUUAUUUACUGCUAUAUUACUACACUACCUAUCCAACUAUUGCACUAAAGACUCUUACGAUUUAAAAACUCCAUAAUACAGUUUUACUCAACAUACCGCUGCUGACUGCUGUCUUGGCAGGUCGAGGUCUUUUCUAUAAUAUAUAAUAUUCUAUAACCUUUCAACACAUUAUCUAAGUAAAUAGUUACAAUUAACUCUUUUUAUGCACUUUGUGAAUUACAAAAUAAGUAUUUUUGACGAGAUAAUCUUGAAUCUAUCUAUCUGUCUAAUAUUUAUAAAAUCAUUAACUAAUGCUUAUAAUAUAUAUCAAACUAUAUAAUAAUAAAAUCUAUAACCACCAGUUUCAUAUAAUUUAAGUACUUUAAUACUUCUAAAUAUUAGGUUAUCUAAAAUAUAUAAACACUGGUAUGCUUACGAUUUAAUAUUCUUCUAUGCACUAUUUAUUGUAAUAAAAAUGUAUCCUCGAAUUGCAUAUCUUCUUUGUGAACAGAUAUAUAUAUAUAUUUUAGUUUUAGUAAAGUUUAUUAGUAUUAUGAUAAUAUUUAAUUUAUUUUUACUGUUUCAUUUUAUAAAAUAUAUUAAGAUAUGUACACAUGUUAAACUACACAUAUAAUUAUGUGUUCCGCCUGUUUACUGUUAUGCCCUUUUUAUAUUUCGAAACCAUUGACACAUUCACAUCAGUUUAAUUUGCAACUUUUAAAACUUCAAUAAUAUUAAAAUCAAAUAAUUUACCUAAAUUAUUAAUAGAUUAAUAAAUGAACAUCGAAAUAAAUCAUUAUUAGUAUGACUUAUAAUUUGGCCGUUUUUAAAUUUUAAUAGACAAGCGAUUUGUCUAUGCACAAAACGGUUUUUGUUUUAUUUCAAUCUGUGCAUAGUUGUUCUGUGAAAAUGGUGUAAGUAUUUCAUAGAUAUGUGGUAUCAUUCUUAUCUGAUACCAACAUGCACACGUUGUUAGUGGUCACUUUAGUGGAAAAGAAAGACAAUUAAUUAUGCAUUAUAUACCAGAAAUGAAUUACAGCCUUACCUGUAAACGUUGUUAAGCGGGUGUUUAGUUAAACAGUGAUUUAUCCUGUUAGCAUUGAUUUGACAUUUGAAAGAUGAAGGCACUUUUAUGCUACUUGUCACCCCCUAACAACAUUUAUAGGUAAGGCCUCAGACGAUUAGGGGUUAUUAGUACUGUCAGCGUUUAUCGUUAUCGAAUGUUAAAUUAAAUGAAUAUGCUGUUUACAAUAAAAAUAAAUAUUUAUAGAAAUUAAUUUUAAGUACAUAUUUAAGGUUAUCUAUUGAAGUUGUAUCUAUGAAGUGUUGCUAUUUAAGCCAUGACGUGGCUUUGUCUUUGUAACGUGUUUAUGGCACCAAUAUAUUUUAACGUUAGAUUUAAGGUAUAACAAAAAUAUAGCAGUAGUAACUACUAAACAUAUGCUUCCCAUAUAUAGAAAAUAAAUAGUUGCUAGUUUAUGCUUCGCACGGUUAAGUUAUUUUACUUAUACGAUAUCGAUUCUCUGCUUUUUAUAUUUUUGUUAUAUAUACGUUAAGUAUAUUUUUACUAAUUUUAUAUGCAAGUAGAAUUUGUCUAUAUAGGUGCCCAUUGGGUAUUAAUUGUAUUUCUGUAUGAUUAUAUAAAUAUAUAAUAAAGACACUGGUUGGAUUGUUACAACUACACAAGAUGUAGGGUUUUUAUAAAAUAUAUCCGUUAUGUGCAUGUAAGCUGGACAUAAAUUAUAUAAAGCGUUGUGUCCGCGUUAAUAUGUGUUAUAUAUUGAAUAAAGAAGUUUGUUUCCUGGA